AUGAAUACUAAAAUUUUAGCAGCUUUAAAGGUUUUAAAAUAUGAAACUUCAGAUUUAUAUUUAGGUGAAGAAGUAGCAGAGACAACUGCCUUAGAGCCUUUAGAAUUCCAUCGAGAUUAUGUUUCAAAAAACAUACCUGUUAUUAUAAGAGGAGGUUGUAAACAGUGGCCUGCGGUAAAAAAGUGGAGUGCCUCAUAUUUCCGACAUACAAUUGGUCACAAAACAAUAUCAGUUGCUGUGACACCAAAUGGACUUGCAGAUGGAAUUAGUAAAGAUGACAAAGGUGACGAAUACUUUGUAACUCCUUGUGAAAUAGACAUGACUGUAAAUAAGUUUCUGGACUGCCUUGAACAGAAAAGAGAAAAGUUCAUUCCAUACAUCCAGAGACAGAACUCAAACCUAAGAACAGACUUCCCAGAGUUGCUACCAGAGGUAGACUCUGAUAUAGCUUUUGCGAGUGAAGCUUUUAAUAAGAAACCAGAUGCAGUAAAUUUUUGGAUGGGGGAUGAGAAAGCUGUUACUUCUAUGCACAAAGACCCGUAUGAGAAUAUCUACUGUGUCAUUGACGGACACAAAGACUUCAUCCUGAUUCCUCCCACUGAUCUACCUUUUGUACCCUGCAAAAUGUACCCCCAGGCCGGGUUUAAGCAAUCUGAGGAUAACUGGCAGAUAGUUCCGAUCAGGACUAGCAAUGAAAAAGAAAGAAGUGGCUAUAACAGAAUAGAAGACGAUGAGUUUGAUGUCUCGAAGGGUCUGCCUUGGGUUUCUAUUGAUCCUUUAUCACCUGAUUAUACCCAAUACCCUGAGUACAAAAAUGCACACAAGUACCAUGUGAGAUUAAAUAAAGGUGAUUGUCUAUACCUCCCAAGUCUAUGGUUCCACCAUGUGAGACAGAGUCAUGGCUGCAUCGCUGUCAACUACUGGUAUGAUAUGGAGUUUGACAUCAAAUAUUGUUAUUAUAAAAUGUUGGAGAAGUUGUGUGCCAAAUAUUGA